UCGACUAUUCCGUUCACUCCCCUCCCUCGAUAACAGGAGCGGAACCCCCAGCCUCUCAGGGGCUCGAGAGAAACCGAGGCGAAGUUUUAUGGCCCAGAGGGGGGUGGCGUGCGGAGAUAGAAGAGCCUUGCGGCCGCCCCCACCCAACCACGGCACAGCCCUCCCCGGGCCACUCUUCGUUGGGAGGCACCUCGCGGAGACUGCGCCUGGGGUGCCCGGGUGCUGCUCACCCUCUCCGCUCUGACGCGACCAGGAAGUGAAAACUUCCCGUCAGAAAUCACAGGAACCCCUUCGGCUGAGUUCUUGAGUGCUGCCCCUCUAACGAUAGAAACCUCUCUGGUUCCGGCUCAUCUACCCAAGAUUGAUGUAUGUAACCUCCAUUGCUUUAAUUUGGUUGCAAAUUUGGAUAAGCAUGGCACAGCUCCAGCAAGGAGGCCCUGACGAGAAAGAGAAGACUACAGCAUUAAAGGAUUUGUUAUCUAGAAUAGACUUGGAUGAACUAAUGAAAAAGGAUGAACCACCUCUUGAGUUCCCUGAUACUCUUGAAGGAUUUGAAUAUGCCUUUAAUGAAAAGGGGCAGUUAAGACAUAUAAAAAGUGGGGAGCCAUUUAUUUUUAACUAUCGUGAAGAUUUGCAUAGAUGGAACCAAAAACGCUAUGAAGCUCUCGGAGAGAUCAUCACAAAGUAUGUGUAUGAACUUCUGGAAGAAGAAUGCCAUUUGAAAAAAGUAUAUAUACCUGUAGAUACAGCGGAGAGUGAACCCAGGAGUUUUAUCUUUAUGAGUGAAGAUGCAAUGACAAAUCCUGACAAACUCAUGGUCUUAAUUCAUGGUAGUGGUGUUGUCAGAGCUGGACAGUGGGCAAGGAGGCUUAUUAUAAAUGAAGAUUUGGACAGUGGUACACAGAUUCCAUAUAUUAAAAGAGCUAUUGAGGAAGGCUAUGGCGUAAUAGUACUGAAUCCAAAUGAGAACUAUAUUGAAGUUGAAAAGACAAAAGCCCAAGCACAGCCGUCUUCUGAUAGCUCAGAUGAACCUGCAGAAAAGAGAGAGAGAAAAGAUAAAAUCCAAAAAGAUACAAAGAAGCGGCGUGACUUUUACGAAAAAUAUCGAAAUCCACAAAAAGAAAAGGAAACUCUGCAGUUGUAUAUUAGAGAAAAUGGCUCUCCUGAAGAACAUGCAAUUUAUGUCUGGGACCAUUUCAUUUUCCGGUCUGCAGCUGAAAGUGUAUUUUUUGUUGCUCACAGUUAUGGUGGCCUUGCCUUUGUGGAACUGAUGAUUCAACGAGAAGCAGAAGUAAAAAACAAAGUUACUGCAGUGGCAUUAACAGAUUCAGUUCACAAUGUGUGGCAUCAGGAAGCUGGCAAAACUAUUCGGGAGUGGAUGCGUGAGAACUGUUGUAACUGGGUAUCAAGUUCAGAACCAGUGGAUACAUCAGUUGAGUCCAUGUUACCAGAUUGCCCACGUGUCUCUGCAGGCACUGAAAGGCACGAGCUGACCUCCUGGAAGAGCUUCCCGUCGAUCUUCAGGUUCUUCGGCGAGGCGCUGGAGGCGAAGCGCAGCUCGGGCAAAGCUGCUCCGACGCGGCGCUCGCAGAGGAUCCGCUACGAGGAGCUGUAGGCGGGGCGCGUGGCGGCGGCGGGGCGGUGUGCAGGCGCUCUGCAGCCCGGCCCCUCAUUAGAUUGCUUUCUUCCUAGAGCACCGGGUCGCCGGCUCUACAUCUAAGUAGCGUUUUGCAUUAUUUCUAGAUGAGUGCAACUGUCAAAGCAAUAUGGGUUCGCUGGUUGUGCUUCCUGUGGGCUGCGGCUUGGAUUUCGGGCUGCCCGUCAGUGCGCAGAUUAAGGCUGACAGCAGCGCCGCGCCGCGCAGCCUGGUGCGGCUCUAAUUGCCCUGACAGCGCCCUGCCCCGAGCUGAUGGCGGUCGCCGCGCCUCCCCUCGGUCCUGGCGCCCUCCUCUCCCUGCCGCUCGUCUCCCAGCCCCCCCCCCCCUCCCGCCAUCCCGACGGGAGCUGCCUAUUUAGUCUUGUAUUUUUAAAACCGCGGGCCUCGGACCAAUCCCACCGAUCCCCGCCCCGUCCCGCCCGCUCUUCGUCUUUUUAAUAAUUUUCUCGCACAAUUUGGGCGGGGGUUCUUUUUAAAUCUUUUUUAAAGCCCAAAGGGUCCCACGUAAAUGGCUAUGGCGCUUCGCACGGCCGCGAUCCUAAACGAUGCAGUCAGUUGUGUUGAAAGCGACGAGCCUUCCUGUGGGCCGAGCCGCCGAGUUUUGGAACAAAGCCUCUUCCGCUUUGUUUGCCCCGCAAUCCCUACUAAAGUGACGCACCGGCUGGCAUCCCGCGGAAAUCUCCUGAAUGGGUAUUCUGUUUUUAUUGCGAAGGAAGAUUUGAGCGAGCCUGAAGAAGGCUCCAGUAAAUCUGGACGUUGAAAAGGACUUAAUUUGACAUCCAAAUGUGUUUCUCCUGAGUGCUCUUUUCCUGGAGGGGGGGAGUUGCUGAGUCAUUUUUCAGGAAGUGAAAAAGAUGCAGCAGCACAAAUAUGUUGUAGAUCAAAGGCCAGUAUUUAAAAAAAAAAAGUUCCUUCUGCUGCUUGGUUGAAACGUUUAUUUUUUAUUCCACCAGAAUAUCUAUUUUGUGACAGAUCAAUUUAUUAACGACUUUUUUAAAAUGCUGAACAGUAUCAAGACAAUGCACCUGCCCGCCCCCAGCAACCUUUCCCUUGUCCAGGGUGAAGUGGGGGGGGGGGGGAAUUGCACACCUUUUCCUCACCUACUUAAACGGGGCCACUUCUGGCUGGGAAGGUGCAUCACUUUGUUGAACUUCAUUUAGUAGCAAGUUCUACCUGAAGCUAGUAGCGUAUUUUCUCCUGGAAACACUGUGAGUGAGAAAUACUGAUAGAACAAGAAAAAGAAAGAAAGAAAAAAAGCCCACUGUUAUUGCUAAUAGCAUUUAUCCUCCAGAUUAUUUCAUUUUCACAUCCCUUCAAUUUUGAGGCCUUCUUAAUGAUUUGUAAAAUAGAAAAGAGUCCAGUAGCACCUUU